AUGCAAUCGAAGCGUAGAGCGGCGCAUGAACAUGAGCACGAGGAGGAAAUGCUGCAUGAACACGGCAUGUCUUCGCCCUUCGAGAAGUUCCUGAACCCUAACUACUCCGCCGAGUUCAUGGCGAAGCUUCCGGAGCGCAUCAGGCAGCGGGCGCAGGUGCUGAUGCACUACCACGAAGAGUAUGAGAAGUUGCGCAAGAGCUUCGAGGACAAGGAGACUGACCUUCGGCGCAAGUACGACGAGAUGUACGCGCCCCUCUACGAUCGCCGAAAGGAGAUAGUCACCGGCACCUGUAUGCCCACGGAGGAAGAGGUGGCAAAGGGCUUCCCCAGUGAGCACGAGGGAGUCGUUGACAUCAGCGCUGCGGCGGAGAAGGCGGGUGACAAUAACGAUGAAAAGACAGAAGCAGCCGGGCUCCCGGGCUUCUGGCUGCGAGCGCUGCAGCACCACGUCCUCUCUGCCUCGCUGAUCGAGGAGCACGACGAGCCUGUCCUUGAACACUUGACAGAUGUGCGCUCCGGCGUGGUGGAGGGCGGCUACGGCAGCUUUGCUGUUGUCUUUGUGUUUUCCCCUAACGAAUACUUCGAGGAGGAAUCUCUCAUGCUAGGGGUGGUGCAGAAGGACGAUGGGGUGAACAUCAUCCGCUCACCGCUCACGUGGAAGCCGGGGAAGGACGUCACGGUAGAGACGAUCACGAAGAAGGUCGGCGGCAAACGCGGCAAGGCGGCGAAGACAACAUCUGUCACGGUGUCGCGGCCGUCUUUCUUCAGCAUGUUCAAAGAGAGCGCGAAGGCUGCCGAGAACGAGAACGCAGAUGAAGACGACGACGACGACGACGAUGAUGAUGAUAACGAUGAGCAAAUCGAGCAGCUGCUGCAUGUCCUGCACACCAGCGUUAUUCCUUGCGCCGUCCACUUCUACACAGGUGAGGCUCCUGACGGAAGCAGCGAUAUUGACACGGAUGAGUACGAUGAGGAUGAAGAGGAUGAAGAUGAAGAAGAGGAGGAGGAGCCCGCGCACAAGGGGCGCAAGCGACAUGGGGGUGACCGUGGCGGGAAUGCGCAACGGCCCCCACAGACCCAGGACUGCAAGCAGCAGUGA